UGGCGGACAAAGAAGACGAACUUUCUUCGUCUUGUUUCGAUUGCCAUGCUCAUAUUGCUGCAGACGAAUUCAGUGAGGAUAUAGAUGAUGUUAUUGAAGCGGCCAAAGAGAAUGGGGURUCUGCUGUUCUUGGUGUGACAGAGUUUAAAAGUGAUUUUACGAAGCUGUUGAUGCUUGCAGAUAAAUACCCAGAUUUCAUUGCACCAUGUCUUGGUAUCCAUCCAGUUCAGCAGUUAAACCCAGAGAGAAGUGUUACCAUGAAUGACAUGGAAGGUGUGGAGGAUAUGAUUAGAGACAAUCAACACAGACUAUUUGCAAUUGGAGAAAUUGGUUUAGAUUUUACACCUAGAUUUAUCAAGUCUGACCAUGACAAAGAAGUCCAGAAAGAAGURUUUAUUCAACAGGUUAAACUGGCUAAGGAGCUGGACCUUCCUGUGAAUGUCCAUUCCAGAUCUGCUGGGAGGCAUGUCAUCAACAUCUUAAAAGAACAAGGUAUUCCCAUGACAAUAAUAACAUACUUGCAUUGAAAAGUACAUUUUUACACAUGCUUCUAUGGCUACUGGUAUGCGUUAGUGAAUUAAAGACUCUACACACAGAUAGCAACAUUAUAUUUCUGUGGCAAAUGC